AUGUUGCCAUGUUCGCAUUCAAUCGCAUCCAGUCCAUCGAUCGGCGGAUUCUCCGAUGCGCGUUUCAACCAGGACAGGUCAUGUUUGGCCGUCAGUUGCGCGGCGGGCUUCCGCAUCUACAACUGCAACCCGUUUUCGCUGGCGUGCGAACGCGACCUGUCCGCGCAUGUGGGCGGUGGCGUGAGGACGGUUGAGAUGAUGUACCGGUGCAACAUCGUGGCGGCAGUGGGCGACGACAGUGCGGCGUGGAACUCUUCGCAGACGUCCCGCGCGUCGGCGGAGUGGACUCGCAACGUGCUACUUUUGUGGGAUGACAAGGAAUGCUGCGAGAUUGCAAGGUUGAUGUUCAACAGUAGCAUUACUAACGUGAAGUUGUCGCGGCAUUUGCUGGUAGUGGCUGUUGUGGAUGAGGUUCACGUGUAUCAUCUGCACGACAUGAAUCUGCUGGAUACGUAUAGCACCUUUUACAACCCAGAGGGGUUGUGUUCGCUGGCUUCCAAUUGCGACGUGGACACCGUUGCGUUCCCCAGCCCCACGCGCGGCAUGAUCGGCAUGGCGUACUACCAUUUGGACUGCUCCGACGGUGCGUUGUUGGGCCGCGAGGGCAAGACGAUACUCGCGCACAACUCCGAUAUUACCGCUCUAGGGCUGAGCGUUGACGGCUUGCUAUUGAUGUCGGCAUCACGCCACGGGCAUUUUGUGCGCCUUUGGAAUGCGUUUUCGGUCCAGCUGCUCCAGGAGUUCCGCAAGGUCCCUGGCAUGGGGUUGAUCCACCUGUGCGUGCUGAGUCCAGACGCCACGAUUUUGUGCACAGUGAGCAACCGCAAUGCGGUAUUGGUUUACCGUGUGAACCCGCAAUCGCCUAGGGUGAGAAGAGAUGGCAGGGACGAAUCGUUCGCUUCAGCUCGCCGGGUCUCGUCUGCCCCCACGAAUGGACUAGAUAACUUUAGGCUCUGCCUACACAUCAAGCUGAUGCGCGUACGGCGUUUGUACACGUUUUACGCAUGGCCGUUCUCACGUUAUUAUCCGGAGGACAUGGUGGUGGCGUGCACGUUUUUGCCCACGACCAACAACCUGCUGCUGGUGCUGUCCAACGGCCACGUUCACCGUCUCGGCGUCAACUACCGCCUACGGCUACUCGCAGACCACUCGUUAUAA